AUGCUCGAAUCCUCCACAUCCGCCCUGCUCCGCGGCCGAGAGGCGCGGGGGGAGCGCUUCCCCGCCGCUAAUAAUCCCCUUGCUGGAGGCGGCGAGCAGGACCCGCUGCCGCCAUGAACCCCGGCGGCGGCGGGGGGGCGGCGCCGGCCUUCCCUGGCCCCGUGCAGUUUCCUGGUGGCACCACCGUGCUGGUGGAGCUCACCCCUGACAUCCACAUCUGUGGCAUCUGCAAACAGCAGUUCAAUAACCUCGAUGCCUUCGUUGGGCAUAAGCAAAGUGGCUGUCAGCUCACUAGUGCGACGGCCGGGGCCACCAGCACCGUCCAGUUUGUGUCGGAAGAAACGGUGCCAUCAACACAGGCACAGACCACAACCAGGACAAUCGCUUCGGAGACCCAAACCAUAACAGUUUCUGCACCAGAGUUUGUUUUUGAGCAUGGCUAUCAAACAUACCUGCCUAGUGAGAGCAGUGAGCCUCCAACUGCUGCUAUUGUCACUACGCCGCCAAAACCACGAUCAAAAAAAUCCACUUCCUCACAUACACAGAAGAAACUAAACUGCUGCUAUCCAGGUUGCCAGUUCAAGACUUCCUAUGGUAUGAAGGAUAUGGAACGCCAUCUACGAACACACACAGGAGACAAGCCCCAUAAAUGUGAAGUUUGUAAUAAGUGUUUCAGUCGUAAAGAUAAGCUGAAGAUGCACAUGCGUUCUCAUACUGGGGUGAAGCCUUACAAAUGUAAACACUGUGACUAUGCAGCUGCUGACAGCAGCAGCCUCAACAAGCACCAGCGCAUUCACUCCAACGAGCGUCCUUUUAAAUGCCAGAUCUGUCCUUACGCAAGCCGCAACUCCAGCCAGCUAACUGUACAUCUCAGAUCCCACACAGGAGAUGCUCCUUUCCAGUGUCAAAUGUGUCCUGCUAAAUUUAAAAUCAACUCAGACUUGAAGAGGCACAUGCGUGUGCAUUCUGGUGAGAAACCUUACAAGUGUGAGUUCUGCGAGGUCCGGUGUGCCAUGAAAGGAAACUUGAAAUCACACAUUCGUAUCAAACACAGCAUGGAAAAUACUCUGAAGUGUCCAGAGUGUGAAUUUCAGUGUGGAAACAAAACAAGCCUUCGGCACCACAUAAGAACACAUCAGCCUGAACAGCCAGUGAAGUGCUCAGAGUGCAACUACUCUUGCUCCAACAAAGCAGCUCUAAAAGUGCAUGAGCGUAUUCACUGCAAAGAUCGUCCUUUCAAAUGUGAAUUCUGCAGCUUUGAUACCAAGCAGCGGAGCAACCUGACAACUCAUGUGAGGAAAGCUCAUGGUGACAAAGUCAAGACCAAGAAGCAAACUGUGGAGAAGAAGGAAGGAGAUAGGCCAAAGCAAGGUGGAUCCAGGCAAGUUGCCAAAUUGGAUGCCAAGAAAGCAUUUAAGUGUGACUUGUGCGAUGCUUCCUUUGUCCGAGAAGAUUCUCUUCGGAGUCAUAAGAAGCAGCACAGUAUGUAUAAUGGAUCUAAAAAUAAUGAACUGGCUGUUCUACAGCUCCAGAUGGAUCCUAGUCGGCAGACCAGUGCCCCAAUUACUGUCAGUCAUCUCCAGGUCCCACUUCAGGCUGCUCAGGUUUCUCCAUACAGCGAGGGAAGAGUCAAGAUCAUUGUGGGACACCAGGUACCUCAGACUAACAGUAUCGUCCAGGCUGCAUCAGUGAAUGUUGUGCCUCCUACGUUAGUUGGCCAGACUCAGGAAGACCUCUCAGCCAACAGCCGCUUGCAGCUUUUGGGCCAAGUCAGUUUGUUGGCACCACCUCCACCUCCUAUAUCUCAAAGUGAAGCUGGGCCUGUGGCACAACCGACAGUUCUUCUCACAACCCAUGACCAAAGCGACGGAAGUGCUUUACAUCAAACUCUGAUUCCUGCUGCUCCUGUCAGUAGUCAUGAGGCUUCAGCGAACCAGGCAUUCAUCACCAGCUCUGGAAUCAGCUGCUCUGACUUAGAAGGCCUUAAUGCUUUGAUACAAGAAGGAGCAACAGAAGUGACUGUGGUUAGUGAUGGAGGCCAGAGUAUAACAGUGUCCACUUCAGCUCCCCCUCCUCCUAUCUUUUCUUCAUCCUCUCACACAGAAGCCCCAAAGCAGACCUAUUCUAUCAUUCAGAGUGGAGCCCACACAGCUUUGCUGUGUCCAGCAGACUCCAUACCAGAUUAGUCACAAAGUACUAUUACUAAACAAAUUUAAAUCUCAGAGGCAGUGCUGAAUUCAGCAGAAAUGCGUAAGAUAGAAGUGAAUGCAGAAUUUAUCCUACAAAGCUAAAUACCUUCCACCUACCCAUUUUACUUUCUGUACAGAGAAACAUACAUCUUGUAUGUGAAAAAGAGGAUUUGUGUAUUUAUGUGCCUCUGAAGUCAGAGGCUCUGUUCUUUGUAAAAUCUGAGCAGCAAAGCAACUGGUGAGAAUUUCACCAAGCAGAAAGCUGCCUGGAAUGAUUCUUGUGUUGUGCUGGUUAAAGUAACAUAGCCUCCCUCAGUUUAUUAUAAAUUACCUUCGCAGUGGACUCAUUAUUUCAUGCACACACAAAAAGAUAAUAGUCCAAGCCAUUCUGAAGUGUAAGUGAAGUCUGUUUGAAUUACAUGCUAUGUAUGCAUCAGGUGUACCUGGCUGGUUGUUGAUCUGUAAGAAAUGUCUACUACUGGGUCUAAUGCAGCUUCAGAAAAAAUUAAGGGGUCUGUUCCUUAUUAUAUGUAGAAGUUGCUAGUACAUGGCACUGAAUCAGGAAAUGCUAAUGCAAAGACCAGGUGACCGUUUUUUAGAAAACAAAAGAAUCUUGUCUGUCCAUCAGUAACCGCUAACUUUGUUAAUAAGAACACUAUUGAAAUCAUGUAUGUGGCACAGUGAUGUCUGUCAGAGGCACCUGUGUUUUCAAAAGCAAAACGACUGCAAAUACAUUUUUUACAAACACUUCUUAAAUUUUGUGCUUAUUUUGGUGCUGCCUGUUUGUAGUUGCAUGAGUGGUAAAAGUGCAUUAUGUUUUGGAUCUGCCCUUUUCAAGUUAAAGAGGAAGAAGGAAAAGUUUGAAGAAGGAAAAUCUAAAUGAAAAAAAUAAUAGUUUUCAAUCGAAGGUGAGAAACUAGCAUAAACUCAGAUUGAAUCACAGUGAGAUAGUAAUUCAUCAUUAUAUGAUGCACAUUUCUAUAAUGAAUGAAAUCUAGGCUGUAUUUUGAACUAUGCAAUAUUAUAGUCCUACCUGGAGAGCAUUCCUGUAGUGGUAGUUAAUGUAUCUUCACUAACAAACUCUCUGGUCUGGAGAACUGAAACUCAGCUUGAGAAAAUAGAUGGCUCUGUAGGUGCCUGGAUCUGCGAAAACCAGAGAUGAUUUAACAGCCAGACAGCAUCCCAGGGACAGUUGUUAACAUACAUGAAGACUGAAAAGAAACUGUUACCAAAACCAGCUCUGAGAUUCCCUCUUGGGGAGUCAAAGUCAAGAUAAAUUUCAAAGUGUUUGCUAGUGGGAGACAUUGAAUGAUUGCUUUAUGUGCUAGAAGCAUGCUUGGAAAGCAUAUAAAGAUUAUCUAAUUAGGGCCACUUUCUGAAUAGUCCUCGUGUUUGAAAUCUUUAUCUUGAUCAGACUUUAUUUUGUGUAGGUGGGGUGCUCCCCGCUUCUUCCCUCUGUGUGGUACAUACUGUUUGUACAGUGUAAGGCUUCCUGCUGUUCAAUGCUGAGUAGGAAAAUGCAGUCAUAAUUCUCAAGUAUAGUCAUACAGGCUGUUCUUGAAAAUGUGACCUUUGAUUUUUGUUGAAAUAAGGGUUGUUUAUACUUGGAUGCUCCAGUUUCACUGUCAUUAUUUAUGGGAAGUAGUGUUUUUUAAGAUCUGUAUCUCUUCUGCCUUCCAAAUCCUUGAUUUUUAAUGUUCCUUUUUUUGGAAGUUGUGUUGGUUUUGGGGUUUUGGUUUGGUUUUGUUUUAAAAUCUAGGGUUUGAUUUGAACUGUCUGACACUGUGCCUCACACUUGCAGAUAUCAGAAAAGACCACACUCCAGUGAGAGGAAAAAACUUCAUAAAUGAUUAGUUAAAAAAGCAUUAGUAAA